CUUUGGACAAUCAGUGUAAGGAUUUCGAGGUCACGUGACUCACGUGUCUCCAACCUGCCCUUUCCCAGCUGGCUGUCAGCGCUCGCUCACAAUAACGUAAAGGAUGGCGGGGGAUCCUAUGUCAUGUGACUGCUUUGUUUCUUUGCCACCUGGCUCCCGUGACGACCAAGUCAUUUUUGGCAAGAACUCUGAUCGUCCUCGGGAUGAGGUGCAGGAGGUUGUCCACUACCCUGCAGCGUCCCACACGCCAGGCACCUUGCUAGAGUGUACCUACAUCCAGAUCCCUCAGGUGGAGCAUACCCAUGCUGUCGUCCUCAGUAAACCAGCGUGGAUGUGGGGGGCUGAAAUGGGAGCCAAUGACCAAGGAGUGUGUAUUGGGAAUGAGGCGGUCUGGACUCGGGAGGACGUUGCCCCUGGAGAGGCUUUGUUAGGCAUGGAUCUGUUGAGGCUGGGACUAGAGCGUGGCGGUAGUGCCUGGGCGGCGCUCACUGUCAUCACUGACUUGCUGGAGCAGCAUGGUCAAGGAGGUCCGUGCAGGGAGGAUCCAGAACCCUUUAGCUACCACAACACCUUCCUUCUGGUGGACCGGAAAGAGGCCUGGGUGCUGGAAACUGCUGGAAGACUGUGGGUCGCCCAGAAAAUCUCAGAGGGCGUCAAGAACAUCUCCAAUCAGUUGACCAUUGGCACUGAGAUCUCAGCUGAGCAUCCGGAGCUGCGGAGCGUGGCCCAGAUUCAAGGCUGGUGGGACGGUGAGGUGGAGUUUAACUUCUCUCAAGUGUUCAGACCUGAAAAGCCCCCUGCCAGGAUGGAGCUGGCCAAACUGCGCUACAAGGGGGGCACACAGCUCCUGCAGAAACAUGAUGGUACCAUGACAGCAGAGGUGAUGAUUUCAAUUCUAAGAGACAAGCCCAGCGGCAUCUGCAUGGACUCUGAAGGUUUCUGCACCACAGGCAGCAUGGUCUCCAUACUACCCAGAGAUCCCAGCCUGCCCUGCAUCCACUUCUUCACUGCUACCCCAGACCCUUCUAGGUCUAUAUUCAAGCCUUACAUCUUUUCUGAUGAUUACAUCCCAGUGCUCAGGGUGGUCUCCCCGGAGUUUGGCCCUGACGAUCCUGUAAAGAAGGAACCACGUUUUCAGGGCCAAGUGGACCGCAGACAUGACCUGUAUAAAGCCCACCAGGAGGCACUCUACACCAUGAAGAGCGAUCCGGACAAGGGCUUAGCUGUAUAUGAGCUUCUGAGGGACCUGGAGUCGCAGUGUCUAAUCGAGAUCUCAGACAUGUUGAAUGGUGACAUACCAGCUGAAGACUUGGGAAGCUUGUUUUUUGAUUGUGUGGACGCAGAGAUCAAGUUGUACCAAUGAGGAGCGCCCUCAUUCCUGUUCAUUCCUUGUAAAUGCAAAGUGUCAGGAGAGGUCAUGGGAUUGGUCGAAUCUUCAUCCUCCCUACUUGCCUCUGCAAAGCGCACAUCCUUGACAUUGCGCCAUUGUUCACGUCGACGAAGUGACUAACAUGCGUCUGAUGUGUCAUCAGUCCGACUUGGGAACAAGGACUGAACCUCUUGAGUGUUAAUAGGGGUAGACUGCACAAGCACUAAUGUAGUAGCGUGAUCUUGCACAAAUACUGGAAGUAUUAAAUAUGAAAAAAGUGUGGUUUGUUGGAAAAGAAUGAGUUGUCAUUUCACGGCUGCCUAUAGAACGAUAUGCAAUAAAAACAUUUAGA